AUGGCAUUUGGGAUAUUAUUUUCGGAUCAGAGCCAAAAUGGUAAUAAUAAUGAAAAUGGAAAUAAGAAAGAUAGUGAAAAUAGUGAUGAGAAGGGUAAUGAAAGGGGUUAUCAGGAGGAUAUUAAUGAGGGUGAUAAUAAGAAUAAUAAUGAGAAUAAUAAUGAGAGUGAAUAUAUUGAAUGGUUUGCUAAACAUGGAAGAGUUGCUGUUACGAUCGCAAUAUUAUCCGGCACAAAUAUUGAUGUAAUGUUAAUGUUAAAAUCGCGUUUGAUGGGAUUAAAUAUGUUCAAUGCGCCAUUUAACGAUAGAUCAUUGGAAAUAAUCUUUUGGGGAGCAUGCGCUGACAUAUUUUUGUCAGAUAUACCGCAAUUUGUUAUUCAGAUAUUAUUCAUUACUGCUAGCGUCCUACUCGAUCCCAUUCCAGUAUUUACCUUAGCAGCUUCGGGUAUCUCAAUACUUUCCAGCGUAAUCAGUAAACUUUUCUUUAUUAAAUUUGAUGCAGUUUCGCCUUAUUUAAGUCGGAAUGGAUCAAGCACAUCAAAUCCUAAUAAUGAUGGAUAA